CACUUCUUCUUUUUCACAUUCACUUUCCUCACCAUCUUUUCCGUUCAUUUUAUUUCAUUCAAUUUGUUGAUAUACAAACAAAAAUGUCUACACUUCUUCUACCUACACCUCCCCACCUCACCUCCCUCUACCGCCGCAACACCUUAUCAUCAUCAUCAUCAUCAUCAUCACUUCAAUUUCACUCUCGCUUCUCUUUUUCUUCUUUUCACUCUCUUCCACAAACUCGUUCAAGAAGAACAUGCAUUUCCAUUCGCGCUUUUGAUUCUUCCUCCGACUCCAAAAUCGAAGAAAAAGUUGUUCAAGAAGGUGAAAAAGUUAGAAUUGCUGAUGAAGAUUAUCCUAGUGGAGAAUUUGAAUUUGAACCUAUUACUGGUUGGAGGAAUUUCGUUGUUAAGGUUAGGAUGUUCAUUGCGUAUCCAUGGGAACGUAUUCGUAAAGGUAGUGUUCUUACAAUGAAGCUUCGUGGCGAGAUAUCUGAUCAAGUGAAGAGUAAAUUCUCUCCGGGACUUUCUCUACCUCAAAUAUGCGAGAAUUUUUUGAAAGCAGCCUAUGAUCCUCGAAUUUCUGGGGUCUAUCUCCAUAUUGAUAGUUUAGAUUGUGGGUGGGGUAAAGUAGAAGAAAUUCGAAGGCACAUCUUGAAUUUCAAAAAAUCAGGAAAAUUUGUUGUGGCUUAUCUCCCUACAUGUCAAGAAAAAGAAUAUUACCUCGCAUGUGCAUGUGAAGAAAUAUAUGCCCCUCCAAGUGCUUACUUUUCUUUGUUUGGAUUGAGUGUUCAAGCCUCAUUCAUCAGAGGCGUUUUAGAUAAAAUAGGAGUUGAACCGCAAGUGGAAAGGAUUGGCAAGUACAAAAGUGCAGGAGAUCAAUUAGCACGAACAAGCAUGUCUGAUGAAAAUUGUGAGAUGUUGACUGCAUUACUAGAUAAUAUCUAUACAAACUGGCUGGAUAAAGUCUCUUCUGCCAAAGGAAAAGGAAGAGAAGAUAUUGAGAACUUCAUAAAUGAAGGUGUUUAUCAAGUUGAUAAGCUGAAAGAAGAGGGCCUUAUAUCAAAUUUAAUGUAUGAUGAUGAGGUUACUGACAUGUUGAAGAAGAGACUUGGAGUGAAAAAAAAGAAAAAACUGCCAACGGUCGAUUACAGGAAAUACUCCCGGGUUAGUAAAUGGACAGUUGGAAUUUCAGGUGGCAAAAAACUGAUAGCCAUCAUCCGGGCCUCAGGGAGCAUUAGUCGAGUUAAGGGUCAAUUAAGUCUCUUUAGCUCAGGUAUCACUGCGGAGGAGUUCAUUGAGAAGAUUCGCACUGUCAGAGAGUCAAAAAAAUUUAAGGCUGCUAUUAUCAGAAUUGACAGUCCUGGAGGUGACGCUCUUGCCUCUGAUUUGAUGUGGAGAGAAAUUCGGCUUUUAGCUGCUUCAAAGCCAGUCAUUGCUUCGAUGGCUGAUGUGGCAGCAAGUGGAGGAUACUACAUGGCAAUGGGAACUGAUGCUAUUGUUGCAGAAAGUCUUACCUUAACUGGUUCAAUUGGAGUAGUCACAGGAAAAUUUAACCUAGCGAAACUGUAUGAGAAGAUUGGCUUUAAUAAAGAAAUCAUAUCAAGGGGAAGAUAUGCUGAGCUCGUUAGCGCUGAUCAGCGUUCUUUUAGGCCAGAUGAAGCAGAGCUAUUUGCCAAAUCUGCACAGAAUGCAUAUAAACAAUUUCGAGACAAGGCAGCUUUAUCCAGAUCUAUGACUGUGGACAAGAUGGAGAAGGUAGCACAGGGGAGAGUUUGGACUGGUAAAGAUGCAGCAUCACAUGGUUUGGUUGAUGCUAUUGGUGGCCUUUCCCGAGCUAUUGCCAUAGCAAAAUUGAAGGCCAAUAUACCUCAAGACGAACAGGUUACUGUUGUGGAGAUAUCCAGUUCUAGUCCCUCUCUACCGGAGAUUUUAUUUGGCGCACGGAGUUCCCUAACCGGCGUUGAAAGCACGUUGAAGGAACUGCUACAGGGGUUGACAUUUUCUGAUGGAGUUCAAGCUAGGAUGGAUGGAAUCAGUUUUCGUUCAUUGGAAGGAUAUCCCAACGACAACCCCAUUUUGUCAAUUAUAAAAGAUUACCUCAGUUCCCUGUAGAUUUUAAUAAUUCAUUGCAAACAUUUUAUUUCAUUUAUAUAGUUUUCCUUGUAAUUUUUUUUUUUUGUUCGAGGGAUAACAGACGAGAAAAGUCGUCUUGAUAAAAUUUCCCCUCGCAAUCACUGUACACAUCACAUAAUAAGAAUACAUAUGCCUGGAUUGUCUCAUCUGGACUUCUGUAGGAGUGUUGUGUCGCAUCAAUGUCUUGCUCGUUAUCAGGAGGAUAAAAGUACUUGGUUAGUUUUUAGUUUUUUUUCUUGUUAUGUCUUGGUUACUAGAUGAUGAUUAUGUAUACAGACAGCACCAUGUUUAAUGUCUCCUUCAUUCUCAUUUAUCAAAAUGAAACAUCCCUUAGAGAUGAA